UUUGGAGCAGAGCUUGGACUCUGUGGGGAGGUCAGGCGUAGGAUCAAGGCUGCAUUUAUAUAAAGACAGAGGGAUAUCUUUGCUUGGAGAGGAAAAAAGACUGGGGGAUUUUGGAGGACACACAAUGAGGAUCAUAAUUUUUCUCCUCACAUUGAGUGUUUUCUCAUGUUCAGGGUUCCCAGUGUAUGACUACGACCUCCCUGUCACAGAGGAGGCUCUCAAUGCUUCCAUUGCCCGGAUCAAUUCCCAGUCCUGGAGCAGAAACCUGUAUGGUGUUGUCAGGAGCCGAGUCAUGGGAGUGGACACGUGGGACAGCGACACUUACGGGUUAGAUCUGCGCUUCAGCAUCCGCGAGACCGUGUGCGCCAAAGCUUCGGGGAGAGACCCCUCCACCUGUGACUUCCAAAGUGGCCCUUUCGUGCCCACUGCUUCCUGCAGGAGCGUUGUGGAAGUCUCUGGGGGGCUGAUUGCCAACAUCACCGUGCGGUGCCACCGCAGCACAUUCAGCUCUGAAUCCAUGAGCAGCGAGGAGAUGAUGCACGUGCCCAUGAGGACCCCUGACAGGUGGGGCAGCACUCACAGGGAAGAUGAUGCCUUUGCUCCUGAAGCCUUCCCUUCAAGAGGAAGAGGCAGCAGCCGUGGAGACUGGAACAAACCCAGCUACUUCAACCCUGACAAGAUGGAAUAACAUGGCCUAGAUGAGUAUUGGAGAAUGAGAAGAGCCAAGAUUCAAAGAUCCAGCAUGGGAAGAAAGAACCUGAUGCCUUGGCCUUUCCUUUUUGGUGAAAAAACUGUUCUUCCGUGGAGUGAGAGUCUUUCCCCAAACUCCCUUUCUGCUCAGGAGGUGCUAAAUACACCCUCAUCCAUCAAUAGCCCUUCUGAUGUGCUAGGUAUCCCUGGGAGAACUCCACUUUAACUGUGUCCACCAUCCCAUAAUGAUGCUAUUAAAACCUCAUUAUUCCA